AAAAAGUGGAGGAGGGGGAGAGAGAGCUGCCGUGCAGCAGGGACACUGCUCAGACACACACAGGAUCCAGACACACACACUUGUGGACAGAGCCGCAACGUUACAGAGUUAAAAGGAAUAACCCUUGUAGAUCAAGAUGGCAGACAAAAUCAAGAACGCCAAGAUCAUCUUCGUUGUAGGUGGGCCUGGCUCUGGUAAGGGCACCCAGUGUGAGAAGGUGGUGGCCAAGUAUGGCUACACCCACCUGUCUUCUGGGGACCUGCUGCGUGCUGAGGUAGCAUCCGGCUCCGAGAGGGGCAAGACCCUCCAGGCCAUCAUGCAGAAGGGAGAGCUCGUACCCCUGGACACAGUCUUGGAUAUGAUCAAGGACGCCAUGAUUGCUAAGGCCGACGUGUCCAAGGGCUUCCUCAUCGACGGCUAUCCCCGUGAGGUCAAGCAGGGCGAGGAGUUCGAGAAGAAAAUCGGAGCCCCCUGCCUGCUGCUGUACAUUGACGCCAAGGGUGAGACCAUGGUCAAGAGGCUGAUGAAGCGCGGUGAGACCAGCGGUCGCGCUGAUGACAACGAGGAGACCAUCAAGAAGCGCUUGGACCUGUACUACAAAGCCACUGAGCCAGUCAUCGCCUUCUACACCAGUCGCGGCAUUGUCAGGAAGAUUGACUCUGAGCUGCCCGUGGAUGAAGUCUUCGGACACGUUGCCAAAGCUAUCGAUGAACUGAAGUAAAACGCAAACAUGACUGGAUAUGAAUUUGUUUUGGUCAUAUUUUUCUAAAUGUCAAUUUUAUGCCGAAAGAAGCUCAAAUCUGCUCAGUCACCUCCCACUGGGCACACACUGGUUGAAUCAAUGUUGUUUCAACGUCAUUUCAAUUAAAUUAAGUUGAACCAGCGUGGAAUAGACAUUGAUUGGAUGUCUGUGCCUAGUUGGCUUGGUAAUAAUGAAAGGCCAAUAAGGAACAGCGCUUCCUUAAUUCAACACUGUAGUCUCCUGUUUCAGUCCACAAACCACAACAGUCACCCAUAUAUGGCAAUUCUCUCUCUCUCUCUCUCUUUCUCGCUGUCUCUGUCUCUCUCUCUGUCUCUCUCUUUCUCUCUCUCUCUAUGUUAUGGUUAGUGCUGAUUUCAGCUCUAGGUUAUUACAGGAGGGAUCUCUCAACACUUUCCCAGACUAUACAUGUACAAUGCUUGCCUGGGGUGGCUCUGGGCUGCACUCUCUGUGCAUGGCGACAUGACUCCUUUAUGGCUGGUGCUAAACGCCAUGCAGUGACAGACAUGGCAGCCGGCCAUUACAUCAUGCAGGAUAUAGUAUAGUUUUCCCACAGCA